CUGCUGCCGACACGCAUGGGAACCUUUGAGUCGCGUUUAUUCUUUUUUAGUGUGUGAGCUUGACAAGCUCCAUUCCUGACGACACCCAAGUAAAUCGCAUUUCUCCCAUUCUUCUCACCAGUCUAAGAAAGAUAACAGGUACCAUACCAAAAGAGACCAAAUUAUCAUUUUACCCCCUCUCUAUAGUCGAUAAUACUGCGACCGCCCUUUUUUUGUUUGCAAACAACAGAUAAUUCGGAGGAUGCUGGCUUGCAACCAGCUCCUCGCCCAAACAUAUUAACCAUCUGCAAAUACUUAUCGCUUCUCAUCACAUCUCCAAGAUGCUCGCCCGAAGAUCCCAGAAUACGGUUGGCCUCCAGUUUGGGCCUUCGCCCUCUCCUGAUCUAGAUGAACAAACGUCGCCCAUGUUCGAUGAUGCCGAAAACGAAUUCGCACAAGAUGCCGAAGAAUUUGCUAAGGGUCUUGAUUCUCUUUCGAUAGUACCGAAGCCCAACGCAGAGAAACGAGCCGACGUAUUCAGGCUUGUCGAUACUUACUACCAGUAUGCGGCUAAUAAGGUUCGCGCUUUGCGCAAAUCGUUAGGACAACUAUCCGGGACCGACGCCCGCCAUUCAUACGAUAUUUCUAGCCAGGACUCCAUGGACCUUGACGAAGGAGAUGAUUUGGCAAAAUCGCCAGCCUCGGCCGAGAUGCUCAAGAACUGGGAACUGGAAGCACAAACAUGGGAUAUGUUGCGUCGCCUCUUACCACUUCGAUACCCGAACAAGACCUCUCUCAAACCCGCGCGUCACGAUACGUCAAGAUUCCAAUCAUCUGCGCAACUCUGGGACGAGUUCCUCCAGACGGAUUCUACCGCUCAGGAACGCAAGGCGAUCCUCGAAUGUUUACAGACUAGCGCAGACGAAUCGCGGGUAGAUAUAGAUGAAUUAGUCCGUGACUAUCAGAAACGAGCGGAAAGAGGUGACAUCGUCGCCUAUGGAUGGCUGCAUACGCGAUCCGCGCUCAAGAUGCAGAAGAAUCUGAACGGUUGGUCUGGGGCGCUAGAUCCUAACGCGAGCGAUGUUGUGCAAAAACUCCGGAACGGAUCAAAUCCUAUGGUAACCCAACUUGACCCUGAUGUAGCAACAAGGCAGAACCGGAAGCUUCAACCGCAGGAUGAGUAUUUCGAGAGGGCUAUAUGGCUUGGGUGUUAUGAAUUACUGCGAAGAGGACGAAAUAUUGCCGAGAUUCGAGAUUGGUGCGUCGAAAGGACCGAAGUCUGGCGAGCCGUAAGCAUGUCGGCUAUGCCCCUGUCAAAGGACGAAGAUGAGAGCCGGUUUAGUUGUGACCCUCUCUCAAUGCUCCUGUGGCGGCGUACCUGUUUCGCCUUAGCCAGACAGGGAGGUACUGAUGACUUUGAGCGUGCCGUUUACGGUAUACUUUCUGGCGAUAUCCCAAGCGUCGAGAAGGUUUGUGAAAAUUGGGACGAUUUUGUCUACGCGCAUUACAACGCUUUGCUUCGAACGCAAUUCGAUACCUACUUGAUGAAGCGAUCUCCACCAGACGCAACCGCUACUAUUACCCAAACAUUUCCCGCGUUCAACGCUGUUCAGUUUCAUGGCGAUGCUGCUUCAGUCGGAGAGCGCCUCGUUAAGUCAUUGGAGACCAACGCCAAAACUUCCGCCGAGGCAAAAACCCCCAUGAAGACCUUACAAGCAGCUAUCAUUUCGAACAAUGUGGAACAAUACACUUACGAGCUCGGUCUCGCCCUUGGGAAAUCAGCAAAUUCAGGCGAUACGUCGGCUUUGAUACCGAGCUUCAGUGCCUCGGAAGAUAUUGACGAUGCCAAAUUUGUCCAACUGAGGGAUCAUAACGGCCUACGACUCUUAGUCCACGUGUAUCUCAUCAUAUCACGUCUUGAGGAGUUACAGGGUGGUUUACAUAUGGAGCUCUCCGAGCGCCACAGGGUGCAAGAGAACAUAGUCUCGGCCUAUGUCAGCACUUUACGGUUAACGGGCUUAACAGAUAUGAUGCCGCUAUACUGCAGCCAGAUGCAAGGGGAUAGAGCCUUUUUCACCCUGAGCAAGAACGUUACUGGCGUGACUGAUCAGCAUGAACGAGACAUAAUACUAAGACUUAUGGAGAAGCUCGAGAUGGACAUCGCCGAAUUUGUUCAAUUCCAGCCUCGUUCCCUACUCCAGGAGCACCCCGAACCGGAGGAUCACCCCCCACCGUUUGGCAGAUUUACCGUGUUUUCCAACGACCCCCCUACGCUUAAAUACGGACGCCCACUGAAACCUGAUUUCCUUGGGGAACCCCCAGAGAGUCUAGAUCUUGUUGAUGAACAUCUUAUCCAAUCGUUGGAAUGGUUCCUCCUUGUCGAUGGCCUUUGGAACGAGUUUUUCCACUAUGGCACCGCUAUCUACAAACGCUUUCUUAAGCAAUUCAACUUCCAUGCGGCUCGCGCGUUAUCUGAGCGAGUUCGCUGCGGCGAAGUUUUCAAGCGGAAGGCAGGUAUUGUCUUAGACGAUUCGGACGUAUCGUGGUUUGAUGAGGUUCGAGCAAACGCUGCUGCUGGGUCACUAGAUGAGAAUAGCGUUACUCCCGACGAAAUCGCGGUAGCGCAAAACUAUUUCGAAAUGGAAUGCUUAACUAGAGCUCUGGAUUCCAUGGAGACUAUUGCUUCUAGUGAACUAUUAGCCCAAGAUCCUGCGGAGAAGGUAGGCAGAGACUUCUGGUCUAACGUUGGACAUGAAGUGAAGAGCAUCAAGAGUUUUAUGCGCCCUAUACUGAAUAAUUGGCUCAUGGAAACUGUUGAAGAAGAUGAAGAUUUUGCGUAUCUUCGAGACGCAUAUCUACCCGAGAUGAUUAUAGGAUACGUCAGCGUUUUGCAUUUCGCAGGCACAACCCUGACCCGUGACAACCUGCUAGAAUGCAUGGAGUUGGCGUCAGUCAUCGCCAAGAAGGACGCUGAUGUUGCAGCGGUGAUCAUGAAAGCAGGACGAAUGAAGGAGCUAGUAGAGGGCUUCGCGAACUGCAGCAAAGCACUGGCUAUAAGUAGCAGCGAUAAGAAGGGAGCCGGCGGUAUUAAUAGCAAGAGGAUGAUGCGAGAACGCGGAUGGACGAAGGAAUUAUGGUCGGUCUAAAAGGGGAAAAAAGAAAACAUGAAGAAGGGCCGUUACAGGUCUACGCCGGGUAUACAAGUACUAAUGUUUGCAAUACUUCUUCUAUACUCGCAUUUCGGAAUGGCUAUGGCUUGCUGGCGUUGGUGAUUCUUAAGGAUAAGAGGAUGACUAUUAAAAAGUGAAGGCGUUCGUUCUUUUGGGACAUAUGAGAAUGUCCGUAGUCAAUGUACAGCACGAUCAACCCAAGAUUAUCGGAAUGCCAUACACAAUACUCAUAAAAAGCCAGAGAGUGAUCACAUAACUAGCUUCUUAAUUAGUUUAUCUUUUCGGCGUACGUCAAGGCAGUUGAUAUUUAUAAUA